AUGAACAUCGAAGAGUUUAGAGAGUUCGGUAAAGCCAGUGUUGAUUACAUCGCGGAUUAUUUCGAAAAUAUAAGGAAAAUAAAUGUUAUGUCAAAUGUUGAACCAGGAUAUCUCAAAAAAGAACUACCUGAAGAAACGCCCCUUUCUGGCGAAUCCUGGCAAAAGGUCCUGGAGGACGUGGACAAAGUCAUAGUUCCAGGCUUAACACAUUGGCAUUCUCCAAAUUUUCACGGAUAUUUUCCCACAGCCAACUCUUUUCCUGGCAUAGUGGGAGAACUGUUCCUCUCGGGACUGGGCUGCAUUUCCAAAGACUGGGAAACAAAUCCUGCUUGUGUCGAAUUGGAAGUCAGAAUGAUGGAUUGGUUAGGGAAAAUCUUAGGGCUUCCUGAAGAAUUCUUAAAUGAGACAGAAGGUCCUGGUGGGGGUAUAAUUCAGAAUGCUGCUAGCGAAGCAACGCUUGUUGGACUACUGUGCGGAAAAGAGAAAACUGUCAAGGACACAGUCCUAUCCUCCAAUUUAACAGAAGAAUAUAUCAGAACAAAACUGGUGGCUUACACCUCAAAAGAAUCCAACUCUUCCGUUGAGAAAGCUGGACUGUUAGCAUCUGUUCCGAUGAGACUACUACCAACGGACGAAAACGGUAGUCUUCGCGGACAUACCCUUUUUACUGCCAUUAAGAAAGACAAGGAAAGCGGGUUGAUACCAUGCUGUGUGGUUGCAACUUUGGGGACUACUGGAACUUGCGCUUUUGACAACCUUGAGGAAGUAGGUGAAAUUUGCCAUAAAGAAGGUGUGUGGUUGCAUAUCGACGCAGCUUACGCUGGUGCUGCUUUUGCUUGUCCAGAGUACAGAUAUCUGAUGAAAGGGGUAGAAAAUGUGGAUUCCUUCAACUUCAACCCCCACAAGUGGAUGUUGGUGAACUCAGAUUGCUCGGCUAUGUGGUUCAAGGACACCAAGAGCGUCGAGAAAGCCUUCAAAGUCAAAUCUACCCUUCCCAAAGUCCCAACUUUCGAGCCUGAGAUACACCACUGGCAGAUACCCACCACCAGAAGAUUCAGGGCCCUGAAACUCUGGUUCGUACUGAGAAUCUACGGCGUGGAAGGCAUUCAACAGCACAUCCGGCGCCAGAUUGGCUUAGCUAAGUUCUUCGAGCAACUGGUAACGAGCGACGGGAGGUUUGAAGUGUGCAUUUCGAGUAUGGGACUUGUAUGCUUCAGAUUGAAGGGGGAGGAUUGUUUGACCAGAGCCCUUUUGGACGGCGUUUCUAAUAGAAAGAAGAUAUUUUUAAUGCCUUACAUACUUAGGGAGAAAUUGGUUGUAAGGUUUGUGAUAUGUAGCAGGUUCACGCAGAAGGACGAUAUUUUGUUUGCUUGGAACGAAAUAAUAUCCGUAGUGGAGGAGGAUGUGUAUCCUUGCACCAAAAAUAUGUCCAAGGACAUGACUAUGAAGCAGAAGGUUAAGAAAAAGUCCAAACCAAGUAUUCUGAAGAGUCUUGAUCCUAGUAACAUUCGUAGUACUAUAUAG